AUGGGCCUCCCAGGAUUCCAGCCGGGAGGGAUGGAUAUGAUGGCAGGGCGUUUUAUGCAGCCAAUGGGAGGAUACCCUCCUGGUAUGAUGCCCCACGGGGCACAACUUCCAACAGCAGCUGCGCCCAUGAGGCAACCCAUGUACAACAUGCAGCCUGGUUUCAUGCCUCGUAUGCCCAUGCCCAUGAUGACACGCCCACCCAUCGCCCCACCUGCCUACUCCCCACAAAUGGCACAGAACUUCCGAGCUAGGCACAGAACCCCUGAAGAAAUUCGAGAACAAGAGGACCAGUUACGCAAACAACGACAGUACCAAGAACAGCGAAUGAAGCUGCAGAGCUUUGGUCGCGUCGGUCCUGCAGGGAGGUCAGAGGUCAAUGCUGAUCGUUUGAUUGAGUCCAUGUUCGGGAAAGCGGAAAGACCCAAACAGAAGCCUGUUGCAUCCAGUACAUCCAAUAUGGCAGUGGAUGAUGAUGGGUUUGGUGAUUUUAUGACAGCUCAACCUGCAGCGCAGCCCACAGCACAGAAGGCAUCACUACCCAGCACAGCAGCCCAACCACCCGGAGUACAACCUUCAGGCUCGCACCCCACCCAGACACCACACCCAGCGGCCACAGCUCCACAGGCCAAUGUCCCAGUCAUGGAGAAGAAAGAACAGCGUCCAGAGAAAGAUCUGAUGUCCAUGAUGAUGGAGUGCUCUGAUCUCACAGCCCCUAAACAAGCCAAACACUUCCACCAGAAGAAGGCGAUAAAGAGUAUUGUCCCCACCCCCCACCACACCACAGCCCUCACGCACCAGCAGAGUCAGAAGUCAAGAAAUUGGGGCGUUCCGGAAAACCUGGGCGGGCUCUUCCAGGGUCAAGCACCCCCUGUGAAGGCCCCAAGUGGCGUAGCACCUUCUGAACAAUCGGCUGCCCCAGCUGAAACUCCCCCACAAUGGUGCCACACCCCUGACGCCCUGCCCCCACUCUACAGGCAGGUGGAGGAGGCUGUCACUGUAGAUGGUAAAAUCUCCACAGAACGGCUGUAUCCAAUAUUACUCCUGAGUGGGUUGAGCCGAGAAGGGCUCGGUCACAUAUGGGGAUUGGCCAAUCGCUCCACUCCCGGGCAACUCCAGCCCUCAGAACUUUAUAUGGUGUUGGCCAUGAUAGCUCUCGCACAGAACAACUACAACAUUCCAUCACUUGCCAUCCUUGCUCAAUGCCCCGCCCCUCCAAUUCCAUAUUUGGGACCAAACAGUCAGGCCACACCCACGCCUCAACAACAACCUGUCAAUCAACAAGCUCAGGCAGUAUCACAAGCACAAACAGUUCCAGUAACAAGUGGUGGUGUUAAGGCUGUCCCAGGAGCAGGUUCUACAGGUAUACCAACCUCCAGAUCAGGCCCAGCAGUUCUGCCAUCUUCCACAGUUGCACCAGAGGUGGAGGCUGACAGGGCUGAUAUGGAGUUUACAGAUUUUCAGCAAGGGCCUGCAACUCCUGCAGCUGAUGACUUUGGGGACUUUAAGGCCGCGGAGCAAAUCAAGGAUAGCCCAGUGAGCAAACCCAGGUCAGCUGUGCCGAGCCCGCUGAGAUUGGAAGAUAAUCUAAGCCCUGAAGAACAACACUCUAAUGUGACAAACUUCUUCUGCAGCGAUGACUCCUCAAGUGGCCAGUACACUACUCACUCAGUUCCAACUCUAUCUAAAAAGAAAGGUCCUACAACUCCAAACAGCCUGGAUGACUACUUCUUUGAUGACGGCAAAUCUGGUGGAAGCAAAAUAAGUGAUUCUAGUCAGUUUUCUCACUCCGAUCUCUCAGAGGGCGAAGACUUUAAAAACUUUGACAUGUACGUGGAGCAAUUCGCUGAUCAGCCUUCGGUUUGCAACCAAGUUACCUCCCCUCGCAAAGCAAAGCAGUCACAAAGGCCAAAUGGAGGGCUGGGUCACGUGACUAGGAGUGUUCCGCCAGUGAGGUUGUCGGGUGGGGCUUCCCCGUGGGGCAAUGCUUCCACAGCGCCACACUCCGCCGUUUCUGUGACAAACCUGCCACAGGUGGCUCAUUGUCCGCAGCCAGUUGAUGAUGAUUUUGCCGAUUUUCAAGAAGCCGCUCCCCCAAAGAGCCAGCCCUCGGAGUUGAACCUGAUGGGGGAUGAGAAUUCAGAGGAUAAGUAUGCGGCGUUAAGGGGCUGGAGCGUCGACGAGGAGAAACCAGCGGAACCAAAAUCUUUGCUCGAUACGGACUCUUCACCAGUGAUUGAACAAAUAGCGCUCCCUGGAGGACCAGUGAAUGUGACCGAACCACAGAUUGAAACAGACACGGCAGAAGAUGACUGGGCAGAUUUUAAAGACUAUUCUGAGUUUGCAACAACAACACCAGUAAGCUUCCCUCCAUCUGGAACCGUUGCGAUAGAGACCAUUGUUCAGCCAAUGAAAACUGAUGAUGGAGAGCCAUACUUUCCUCCACCAAUGAAAACUGCCCACACAAAUUCCUCCUUCCCACCCAUGGCCAUGACAGAUCUACCACCAAAUGCGUUUGAACAACAAGAUUUUCACCAGAAAAAUGUGUUCGAUGUUGGGCCUGGAAACGGGGCAUUACCCUUUUUGGACACACAGACACCAACCGCUCCUACUAAAGCUGGGAAAUCUCCUUCUCUCAUCAAAGACAGUCCCAUAGACAAAGAACUACAGGCUGUUGAUUUCGACUCGUCGCGUGUACCACCCCCCAUGGACUUUCAGGAGGAUGCAGAAGACGAGUUUCGGGACUGUCAUUUUGGGGAUACCUCCCCUACUUUAGACCCUCACUCUCCUACAUUUGAAACAAGUUUUAACCAGCAGCAUUCCCUUAAGCCAACAACAACAUCCACAUCAUCAUCAUUCUGUCCUACCCCAAAGGGACCAAGCUUGUUUUCCAAAUCCGCCUUUAAACAGGACAUCCAAUCAACAGUCUACACAUCAGACAGUGAUAAAUCUGACGUGCCAGGUCAACAAAAGGAGGACAGCCAAUCUGUGUCAAGCCUAGAGCUAGGUUAUGUAUCGCAAAGAAACAUUGGGCAGCGAUUGGCAGAGCCAGACAGCCAAUCAGUGAAUAGUGGAGAAUUUGGAGAGUUCGAGUCCGGAGGAGGGAAGACCAACAACCCGGAAUCCAAAUCUGUGGAUAGUUUUGAUAUGCAGGAUGAGACAUUGGGAUACGGUCAAGGUCAUGACUUAAAGGUCAAUCCUGAGUCCAAGUCCCUGGACAGCCUGGAUCUCAAGAAAGUGGACAGCCGUGAGUGGUCCCCAGACGAAGGGGAAGAUGCGAAUGCACCGCAGACAAUGCCCCAAGGGGAGGUAACUCAGUCAAGACAGGAAACAGACUUGUCCCAGCUGCCAGUCAGUGCUCAGACCCUGCUCCAGAAUGGGACCCUGCCGGCUUUAGGGGACCGCUACUCAGGAGUCAUACAGGAUGUCCAGGGAAGUGAUCGCCAUGUGUUUGAGUGGGAGAGAUGUUUAGAAAGCGCUAGUCACAUGAUCAGUAAUGCAAAUGCGGUGUUCAACUCUAUCAGUAGUUCAGCAGUGUGCAGCGAGAUCAUCCAGUGUGGACCAGGCACGGAUUAUCUUGUGGGAAUUGUUGAGAUUUAUCGUGUAGUUUGUCGGAUAUCAUUGGCCAUGAAGACAGCAGGUAUUUCCUCAGAUAAACUGACGACUGAACUGAAAUCCAUUAACCUUGGAUGGACCAACCUGACAGCGUUCAUCGCCACUAGUCCCAUCAUGCCUGAUCCAUCUUCCCUGGAUUAUCGAAUCGCCAUUCUCAAAUCAGAUGAUACAGCGUCGCAGCUGCGUGCCUGUGGCGUCUGUCUUCUCAACAUGGACUCCCGGAGCAAGGCCUUUAAUGAGGACAAAGAGGGGUCAAAGUUGACAUACGGGGGACGUCAGUACCACACCACUUGUGCUAACUUCUGGGUUAAUUGCGUCAGCCCUAUGCUCCCAGCAUUAAGACUACCGGAUCUUUUGUAGCUGCACUUUUAUCCAGUGAAUAUUUAUUAAUGGCAGAGAAAUAACAUUUUAAUUAUCAAAUUAUCGACUUACGCAGUAAGAUAUUCUAUCUAUUUAUUUUUCAUUCCAGCGGUAAUGUGCUGUUGUUGUUAAAUUAUUGUUGUUAUAAGUAGGUCUGUGUUGGUACAGAAGUACUGUAAGAGCAUUUCCUUAGCUGGCCCAGUUUUGUGAAACUUUCAAAUUUUUUUUUUUUAUACUAAAGCAUUGUUUGACUUCUUCUUGGAACACUGCAUGUUGGACAAACAAAAAGACACAGGCUAAAGCAAUUAACUGAACUUAGGAAGUUUGUGAAAACUGGCCCUAAUACUUGUUUAUAGUGUCAUACUGUAAGACUUGGGUGGCUUUUUAGCGUUUUCAUGAUAUUUGGGAAUUGUCCACCAUUUUCGCUGAAGGAUAAUAUCCCACUGAUUAUGAAGAUAAGGAAGGCUUAGAAUGCCUAUGUUCCUGAAUUUCUCACUGAUGACUAAACAAAAAGGUUUAGAAUGCAUAAUUUGCUAAAUUUCUGAUUUCCAAUUAACUGAAGGCUAAAAAUGCAUAAAACCCAAAUUUUCAAUUAACUGAGGCUCUGAGAGCUCAGCCGCCCAAAUUUCUCAUGGAUUUUUAAUUAGCUGAAUUUUAGAAUGUCAGGAUGUGUAAAUGUUUCGCUGAUUAUCAAUUACCCGAUGGUUUAGAAUUCUUAGAUGCCCAAAUUACUCACUGAUUUUCAGUUAGAGGAAGACUCAAAAUGCUUACAUAUCCAAAUUUCUCACAGACUUCAGUUAGCUAAAUAGAAAAAAUAUGCUGGAAAAAAAUUUUACAUUCUUGCUAGAGGUAAUAACAUGGGUUUGAAAAGGACUUACUCAUCUUUAUUGGCCCUUAGAGGAUACAUGAAAAGGAAUUAUAAAACAAAGAUUGUUUCUGUUGCAAAUGAAGAAAAGGGUGCUCCAGAAUUUUUGCUAAAAAAAUUCCUUUUUUUUGUACCCCUUUAUAUUAUGCAAAUUUUUUUCGUCAACAGUUGGAUUUUUUCUGAAAUUACACCUUCGUUGAUCUUGCUCGGAACUCGGUGACCCCCCACCCCGAAGUGCCCCAAGCCAGGCGAACUGUGUCGCUACAAUGUUGAUAACGUGACAUGUACACAGAUACUGCAUAGCUUCUGCGGGCCAGCUUAGCACCCCCUACAAGCCCCUACACCCACCCCCCAUUCGGUCUGUUCCCCACACCUCCGCCCCCAUUCGGCCUGUUCCCCACACCUCCGCCCCCAUUCGCCCUGUUCCCCACACCCCC